AUGCAAGUCACUUGCGAUGGCCUCUCGACUCUCUUCCACGGCUGCCGCAAGCUCCGCGACCUCCGCGUCCUCACCCUUCACCGCCUCCCGCACCUCCCGCCCAACGUCACUCUCCUCUCCGACCUCAGAACUCUCCACCUCUGCCGCCACACCCGCUUUUACAGCGAGGACCAUCUCGAGAAUCUCAUCGCGUCGCCUGAGAGAAUCGGCGCGCUGCAGCAGCUGCAGGAGCUCCGCGUGGCAGCAGGGUCGGCGUUCCAAGGUCUCCCCGAUUCCAUCGGCAGCCUCACCAACCUCCGAAGCUUGACCUUCACUAACCCUUCUCUCUCUCACCUCCCCACCUCCAUUGGUCGCUUACCGCAUCUGCAAACCCUAGAGAUCGAAAUGGAGAAGUUAGAGUGGAUCCCGGAUUCCUUCCAGCACCUCACCCACCUUCGUUCCUUGUCGCUGCACUCCAAGUGUUUGACGCGCGGCGUGCCCGAGCAUAGCAUGGGAGAGCUACAGCGAUUGAGAUUGCUGGAAAUCGACCAGGUGGGCCUGCGGCAGCUGCCGGAAAGCCUGUGCACGGGGAGUAUGAGACACAGCCUGGAGAAGCUGUACCUGCGCGAGUGCAUAGAACUGAAGCAGCUGCCUCCCCAGCUGCCCAUGCUGACGCGCCUGCAAGAUCUCGAAAUCACCUUUUGCCAAAGCGUCGAGUCCUUAGACCCAUUGCUCGCUCCGGAUCCCGCAUUGGGUGUGACCGCCUCCUUUGCUGCCGCUCCUGACAUUGCGCCUCGCCCUCCUCUUGACCCUGCUCCUGCUUCUGCCACUGUCGCUCCUACAGCCACUGCUGCCGGCCCUAGUGCUGGCAGUGAGUCACUCCACCAGCUGCCAAAGCUGAAAGAGCCCUUCCUGCUUGAGGUGGGGAGGGUGACAAAGUGGUGGUGGAUUGACUACCUCCCAUCUGUUCGGUCUGCCAAAAUGCGCCUAAUGAUUCACUGGAAGCGCACAUGCAGCCCCCGUUCUUCUCAGCAUUGCAUGCUCAAUCAUCGCUUCAUAGUCUCACCAGACCAGAGUGACAGCUUGGUGGUGGUGCUUGCACCCGAUGUUUUUGUACUGAUUUGA